UGAGACUUUGGCAGAUAAAUUUGUGAUAAAUUGCAAAGCAACAAAUUUCCCUUUCAGAAAAGAUUAUUAAACAGUUGUUAGAGAUCGGGAGCCGCCACUCGCGAAGACAUGUCUUUCUCGUUGCUUGUUUCCUUAAUUGCACUGUGCUUUUCAGGUGAAGUGUUCAGUGAACAGUACAUGCUACUCCCCACUCUUCAUGGUGAAGAAAUCAAUGGUACUGCACUGUUUAAAUUUUACCAUGACAGGGUCCCAGCAUCAUUUUCAGUUGAGGAAGACGAUUAUGAUGAUGAUUACGAUUAUGGUUUAGCUCAAUCAAAUGAAACUUUACAUACUUUGAUAAAUAUCGAAACGUAUGUGGACCUGCACAAGUGUUUGCAUGAUGAUCCAGGCUUGGUUAACUCUACAUGCAAGAACAUUUUUCAAUUUCCUGAUUGGCGUGUACGCUUGUCUCAUGUGUACCACAAAGAGUGCAUGAGAAAAUCUCCGCUCUCGAUUAAGGAAUCCAAUAAUUGCCGUGUGUUCUACGAGAGGAUGGAAUCUUAUUCAGAGGAACCCCGCUCAUGUACGGAGACGGAGUUCAGAUGCAGUAACGGCCGCUGCAUCCCCAAGCACUGGCAGUGCGACAAUGAGAACGACUGUGUCGAUGGCGGCGAUGAACAUCCCAGUCUUUGCGAACACAGAGUUUGCGAUCCCGAUGAGUUCACAUGUCGCGGCAAUCCUGGUGAAUGUGUGCCGUUAACGUGGAUGUGUGAUGAUAACCCGGACUGUUCAGAUGGAUCCGAUGAAAAGUCUUGCAAUGAGACAUGCCGGUCGGACGAGUUCACGUGUGGCAACGGCAAGUGCAUCCAGAAGCGGUGGGUGUGCGACAGUGACCUGGACUGCGAGGAUGGCUCCGACGAACACAACUGCCCGCCCACCAAGUGCGACCCGACCAGCGGAUUCGCUUGCGGCAACGGCUCCAUCUGCAUCAACAUCAACUGGCGCUGUGACAAGGACCUUGACUGUCCCGACGGUGAAGACGAACAGGACUGCGGCGCUUCGCACAAGCCGAUCUUUAAGUCGGUGUGCGCGGAGCGGGAGUUCGAGUGCCCGGACCGCCUGACGUGCAUCCACCAGUCGUGGCUGUGUGACGGCAACGAGGACUGCCCGGAUGGCAGCGACGAGCGACUGGAGCAGUGCGCUAACCUCACCUGUCGAGACGACGAGUUCCAGUGCAGGAGUCGCGAGUGCAUCGCCGGCCAUCUCUUCUGCAACGGCAUCGUCGACUGUCAUGACGGCAGUGACGAGGACUGUGCGACGCAAAGGCCGGCGUGCGACCCGCACACAGAGUUCGACUGCGGCAACAACAUGUGCAUCGCCAUGGAGCAGGUGUGCGACCGCAAGGAGGACUGUCCGCAGGGCGAGGACGAGCCGGGCGACAAGUGUGGCGUGAACGAGUGCCUCGACCACAAUGGCCACUGCUCGCAGCUGUGUGUCGACACGCCUGCCGGACAUUACUGCGACUGCCACCCCGGCUACAAGCUCGUCGACAACCGCACCUGUGAUGAUAUUGAUGAGUGCGAGAACCCAGGCGCAUGCUCGCAGAUCUGCAUCAACGAAAAGGGCACGUUCAAGUGCGAGUGCCACCGCGGCUACUUGCGCGACCCGCACGACCACACGCGCUGCAAGGCGACCGAAGGUCACGCAUCGCUGCUGUUCGCGCGUCGCCACGACAUCCGCAAGAUAUCGCUCGACCACCACGAGAUGACAGCCAUAGUCAACAACACCAAGGGCGCUUCGGCGCUCGACUUUGUCUUCCGCACUGGCAUGAUCUUCUGGACCGAUAUCAUUGAGAGGAAAAUCUACAAAGCACCGAUUGAUGAAGGAACAGAGCGGAUAACUGUUAUCACAAAGGACAUCACAACUGCCGAUGGGUUGGCCGUCGAUUGGAUUUACAAUCAUAUUUAUUGGACAGAUUCCGGCAAAAAUACAAUUGGUCUUUCAAAUUUUGAAGGGUCCAUGAGGAAAGUUCUUCUUACUGAUGAAAUUGAAGAACCAAGGGCCAUUGCACUGAAUCCUUUGGAUGGGUGGAUGUACUGGACAGACUGGGGAACAUCACCGAGAAUCGAGAGAGCCGGAAUGGAUGGCACUCACAGACAGGUGGUCAUCUCCUACGACAUCAAAUGGCCAAAUGGACUGACUCUCGAUCUUGUGCGCAGUCGCAUCUAUUGGAUCGACGCCAAACUCAGCACUGUUUCCUCCUGCAAUUAUGAUGGCUCCAACCGCUUGACUAUUCUCAGAUCAUUUGACACUCUGAAACAUCCUUAUUCGAUCAGUGUAUUCGAGGAUUGGAUCUACUGGACCGAUUGGCACAAAGUCGCUAUUUUCAAGGCAAACAAAUUCCAUGGUGGAAACAUUACAGCAGUCACCGCACAACACAUGCUACAAUCGCCAAUGUCAAUCCACGUGUACCACCCGUACCGGCAGCCGGACGGCGAGAACCACUGUGCCGCUGUCAAUGGCCACUGCUCGCAUCUCUGCCUCCCCGCACCCCGCAUCACCGACAAGUCGCCCAAGAUAUCGUGCGCCUGUCCCGACGGACUUGUGCUCAUGAACGAUGGCCUCAUGUGUACUGAAGAUCAAAACAAUAAUACCAUCAUUUUCUCAAAUGAUACUGAUACUGAUUCUGAAACUCGAGACAGAGGAGAUAAAACAAAUACCACAGAAGAGAAACCGACCAUGGAUGAACCAGAUACCGGAAUGAUUGCAGUGUUCGUGAUCUCCAUAGUCACCCUCAUACUCAUCCUCGCUGCUUUGAUCGCUUUCAUUGUCUACCGACACUACUUGCACAGGAAUGUGACAAGCAUGAACUUCGAUAAUCCUGUUUACCGGAAAACAACUGAGGACCAGUUUUCGUUGGAGAAGAACCAGUACCAGCCUCCUCGUAUUUAUCCCUCAACAGUUGGAGAAGAGAGUCUCAGUGAUUUUCUGGCACAAGAACCAUUGACAAGCCCUGGCACAAACGACUACGUAUAAUUGGCUCUUGAAGAGUUGAUCAAGUCAGAUUCCUGCUCGGCAGGAGUGCAAAUCCCUAGUCAGUGCAUCACAACUAGCAUCCUAUUGAGAUAAUUUGACUCUCUUGUGGUGAAUAAGCAGUGUCUGAUCCAGUGUCACCAAUCACUCGAAUAAGAAUAGCUUUAUUUGUUGAUUUCUUAUCAUCUGUUCUGUGUGUAACAUGAUCAUCGAUGAUUGGCAGAAGAUAACAUGACCUGCAACCAAUCCUAUUGAUUGUUUUCAAGAUUGAUUUAAAAGACUGCUGCAAUUAUGAAACCUACCUACACCUUCCUAGAACGAAGCGAGUAUUUAAUGUGUGCUUGCUACUCCUAAGUAUAUUGUUGAUAAAAAUAUUGUCUAUGUGUUACCUUUUAAAACAAAUCUUCUACUAAUCUGUUGUCAUUGUUCUUCAAUUUUAAUUUCAAUUUAAACAUUUUAUAUAUUUUAGCUACGAUUUCAUAUUACAUGCUUGCUGUCUGAAUAGAAUUAGGUGUGAAUUAUACCUAUUUAAAUCAAUGUAAGGUAUGUAUUUCUUCAAAGCUUUUCAGCUUUUAGUGAAAGUUCAAUCAAAUAUAAAUUUCAUUCAGUACAUUGUAUAAAAACUAUGAUUUCAUCUCCAUGAUACGUCAGCAUUGAUUUGAAAAUCGUUAUUUUUUAAUUGUGUUAUUGUUUCAAGUAAUAAAAUAUUUUAUAAAUUUUGAGUUACUUAACUCAACUGUGUUAAGGGUAUAAGCUCAACGGUACAAGGUACCAGGCGUCAGUUACAAAUGCAGGCCUAAUGUUUUUCCAGAAAUUUAUUGUAUUCAAUUAUUGAUCAAUUCUUGAAGAAAUUAAAAUAUUGUUGCCUGUUAAAUUACUUGGGAAUUGUAUUACGGCACUCGAGAAUCAUGAAAAUCCUUUGAUAUUAGAGUUUUUCUCGUGUAAUAUUAGGCUAUGUUGGAAAACAUGUUCCAUCAAUAAUAUUUCUUACUUUUAAUAAAUUCAAACUAAAACUUGAAUUGAUUCCAGUUAACAUUCCUUUUUCGAAACUAGUAUCAAGAUACUAGAUAUUGUAGACUGUAGUGCGAAUAUUGGAUAUUCAAAGCUUUAUUGUCCUUUCAAGAAUAAAAAUGAAAUCGGAUGUGACAACUCACUUCAAUCUUGGAUAAUGUCAACUUCAUUGUGUUGAAAAUCUAUUCAACUACGGUACCGUACUCAUUCAAACUUAGGAAUAAAUAUGUCAUAUUGGGAUCCAUAAUAUAUAUUCAAUUGAAAUUCUAUUUCCAAGCAAAAAAAGAUUUUAUGAUGAACGUAAGUUGAACAUCUCUUACUAUGCGUCCAAUUCAAGUACCUGUUAACCAUUUCAAUUUGAGCUAAAAUACGAUUAUUGAUUUAUUAUUUCUGGAUGAAACAAAUUAAGUGUGGAGGUACUCUUGAAUUACACAGAAUCAUGCCAAUGUACAUUAUUUUAAUAAACUAUGAAUCUAUCUGUACUAUAAAUAUAAAUGAAGCACGUCUCAUACUUAGCACAAUUUUGAAACAUUUAAUUAAUUUUAUAAAUUGGUGAUAUUGUUAAUCUCUUUCUUUAAUUAUCAAUCUGCCAAUGAAUCUUGAUAUACUAUCUAGUUGAACUAGCUAUUCAAGUUUUACUCAUUGAAACACAGGAGUAAUCAGUGUGAUGGCAUUAUAUACUUAUUAAUGCCAUUUAGAUGAUACUAACUAUUUUUCUUUUAUAAUUUGUAGACUGCAGUACAAAAAUUAUUUUAGGAUUAGUUUAAUUGUGAAUUUUAAAUUAUGUUGGUAUGUGUAUAAUAAUUUUAUAUUGUUGUUAUUUAGUAAAAUAGGUGGGAGAGCCCAUUGCUUGUAUGAAUGGAUGCUGAGUGAGUGUGGCUGAGAGUGUGCGUAUGUAAAUUGAUUGAUAUUUUGUACUCUAGUAUCAUUACAUAAAUAUAUGUUAUAAUCGUACUUCAAAACUUCAUCAAAUUGGAAUUUCCAUGGCCAAAUGGAGUACUAAUGGCACACUAAUAUUAAUUUAUUUAUAUUUUUUUAUUCCAUUGAAGAAUGUAAAUUAUUACCAAAUGCAAUUGAAUUGUAAAAUAAUAUAGAUAAAUAACAACUUUAUGAUCAAUAUACUGGUUUGGAGAAAAAAUAUGUCCAAUAUUGGAUUCAACUGACCAGUUGAGACUGUAUAUCUGUCGUUUCUGAUGCAUUCUAGCAGUCCAUGAUCAAACUUAUUUAGGAAUGUGAUUCUCUUAAUUAAUAAUGUUAUUAUUACCUUCAAAUAAAUUUAGUAUAGUUGUUAAAAUAAAUAUAAAUUGCUUUGUAAAUUCAGCCGAGUGAUUAGUCUUUGUAUAUUAUUAUUAUUAUUUAUCACUUAUCGGAUAUACUGUUACCGUACCUUAUGAUACUCUUCAAAAACCAUGGAUCUGUAGAAUUUCUAUAAAUUUAAAUUAUUUGAAGAUUUUGGCUUUCUGCUCUCAUCUUUUUUAUUUUAGAGUAUCUCUUUUCAGUUAGCUGUAUACUCGUGAUUGAAAAAUAUAUGAAAUAAAAUGAAUCACAAUUCAAAUUAUGAGUUUGAUAGAAAAUAAUAUUAUUCCCAUAUUCAAUAAGUUCAUAUACCUACUUUUUUGAGGCAAAACAUAGCCAUCUCUAGUAAGCUGUGAACAAAUAUGUAUUCUGUUUCUCAAACUGUUGAAAUCAUUGUUUCCUUAUUUAUUUAGGCAGGUUGAAUGCAUUUUAUUUUAUAAAUCUUCACAUCUUAACCUAGAUUUAAAAUUAUGUUCUCACAGUGUUUCAUUUAUAUUAUUCUCCCUUGAAUUAGUUAUAUUCUAUUUAUUUAUUAUUGAAUUUUAUUUAUUUAGAGCGGAUCAGAGUCAAUGUAACAGAGCGACGAUGGCCCAACUCCAUACUUUUGGAAUACGUAUUGUGAUUCCCUCUUAUAAGGAACUAAGCUCCAAUAUAAAUGUGAUCAGUAAUCUUUUGGAUUGUGGAACUAUAUGACUUGAUAUAUAUAUAUAUAGUAAUUGUAUCAAGUAGUCAGAAAAUUGAAAAGUUUAGAUUUCUAUUAUCAUUUUAAAUAGUCAAUUUCAAAAAUGUACUCAAAUAAUAAAUUCAACAUUCAGCUUUAUUCUUGCGUUUCCAAUAUCAGACCUAUACUCAACUUAAAUAACUGUACCGGUGAUAGUAAUUCAUAUAAAAAUCGAAAGCCUUUGAAUAUUUCAAUCGUAGUUAAUACUAUUAUUCACGAUUAGAAAAAUACUAAUGACUGAUUGGGUAAUCACUCACAACAGCCAGUGUGUCCAAGUCUCAAAAGUACAAGUGAUUAGUUCAAACCUUGUGGCUUUCUUCCAACCUCGUGGCAGGUUCUCUUCCAACUGUUUUCAAAGAGGAUAAUUCGCAUUCAUUCAUUUAUUUAUUCAAUUAAGAAGUGCCAAAAUUGUUACAUUGAUUUUGAACGUAGAAAAUGUUCUCCUUUUAUUCUCACUUUUCCAUUAAUUGUCAGAUGAAUCCGUUCAAGUUUUUCGCUUUUAGUAAUUGGAAUCGAUUCGCCUCUGUAUUAAUAGAUUAAGGUCUAUUUGUUAUCAAUAGAACAUCUUAUUAGGGCAGUAACUUUUCUAUCCAGUUCAUUCCUCAAACAUCCAUUUCAAAAGAGUGUGCCAAACUUUUGUAAAUAAACAAUGAUUGUACUCUGUAUUAUAUGUUGUGUGGAUUUAUUCAUUAAAAUAUAUAUGUAAUUCAUCUUGCAUAAAUUGUUUAGCUCAAGAGUAUAAAUUAAUAAGAAAUUACACUAUUGAGUUUUA